AUGCGUAUCUAUUACAAUGAUACUAUCAAGAAACUGAAAAUAGAGGCUUGGAUCAGUAAAAAGCUACAGACAGCCAGCAAUGAGUCAUAUAAGGACCCCACAAACAUCCAGAGCAAGCACCAGAAACACCAGGCCUUCGAAGCUGACCUGCAUGCCAAUGCUGACUGCAUCCGCGGGGUCAUCGACACGGGCAACUCCCUCAUCGAGCGGGGCGCCUGUGCUGGCAGCAAGGAUUUCCUGGUGCAGAAGUCAGCUGAGAAAAGCCAGAAACUGAAGGAGGCCAACAAGCAACAGAACUUCAACACAGGCAUCAAGGACUUCAACUUCUGGCUCUCUGAGGUGGAGGCCCUUCUGGCAUCAGAAGACUACGGCAAGGAUCUGGCCUCUGUGAACAACCUGCUGAAGAAGCACUAGCUGCUGGAGGCAGACAUCUCAGCCCAUGAGGAUUGCUUAAUGGACCUGAACAGCCAGGCAAACAGCCUGAUGACCAGCAGUGCCUUUGACACCUCCCAAGUGAAGGACAAGAGGGACACCAUCAAUGGUCACUUCCAGAAGAUUAAAAGCAUGGCAGCAUCCCAGCGCGCCCAGCUGAGUGAGUCCCACCGCCUGCACCAGUUCUUCUGGGACAUGGAUGACAAGGAGUCGUGGAUCAAGGAGAAGAAGCUGCUGGUCAGCUCCAAGGACUAUGGCCGUGACCUCACUGGUGUGCAGAACCUGAGAAAGAAGCACAAGCGGCUAGUGGCGGAGUUGGCUGCACAUGAGCCAGCCAUUCAGGGCAUCCUUGACACUGGCAAGAAGCUGUCUGAUGACAAUUCCAUUGGGCAGGAGGAGAUCCAGCAGCGCCUGACCCAAUUCGUAGAGCACUGGCAGGAGCUGAAGCAGUUGGUGGCUGUGCGGGGUCAGCAACUAGAAGAGUCCUUGGAGUAUCAGCAGUUUGUAGCCAAUGUGGAGGAGGAAGAAGCGUGGAUCAAUGAGAAGAUGACACUGGUGGCCAGUGAAGAUUAUGGAGACACUCUUACUGCCAUCCAGGGCUUACUGAAAAAACACGAGGCCUUUGAGACAGACUUCACUGUGCAUAAGGACCACGUGAAUGACAUCUGCACCAAUGGACAGGAUCUCAUUAAGAAGAACAAUCACCAUGAGGAGAACAUCUCCUCGAAGAUGAAGUCCUUGAAUGGGAAGGUGUCUGACCUGGAGAAGGCCGCAGCCCAAAGGAAGGCAAAAUAUGAUUCAUCAUCGGCCUUCCUUCAGUUCAACUGGAAAGUGAAUAUGGUGGAGUCCUGGAUCGGUGAAAAGGAAAACAGCUUAAAGAUAGAUGACUAUGGCCGAGACCUGUCCUCCGUCCAGACCCUCCUCACCAAGCAGGAGACCUUUGAUGCUGGCCUGCAGGACUUCCAGCAGGAGGGCAUCGCCAACAUCACUGCCCUCAAAGACCAGCUGCUGGGCACCAAGCAUGUCCAGUCAAAGGCCAUCGAGGCCUGGCACGCCUCACUUAUGAAGUGGUGGAGCCAGCUUCUGGUCAACUCAGCCACCAGGAAGAAGCUGCUGGAGGCCCAGAGCCAUUUCUGUAAAGUGAAGGACCUCUUCCUGACCUUUGCCAAAAAGGCGUCAGUCUUCAACAGCUUGUUUGAGAAUGCAGAAGAGGACCUGGCAGACCCAGUGCACUGCAAUUCCCUGGAGGGGAUCAAGGCCUUGCAUGAGGCCCACAACACCUUCCGCCCCUCCCUCAGCUCCACGCAGGCCGACUUCAACCAGCUGCAGGACUGCCAGAUCAAGAGCUUCUGCGUGGCCUCCAACCCCUAUACCUGGUUCACCAUGGAGGCCUGGAGGAACCUGCAGAAGAUCAUCAAGGAGCAUGAGCUGGAGCUGCAGAAGGAACAGCAGUGGCAGGAGGAGAACGACAAUUUGCGCCAGGAGUUCACACAGCACGCGAACGCUUUCCACCAGUGGAUCCAGGAGACCAGAACCUACCUCCUCGACGGGUCCUGCAUGGUGGAAGAAUCUGGAACCCUCAAGUCCCAGCCUGAAGCCACCAAGCGCAAGCACCAGGAGAUCUGAGCCAUGCACAGCCAGCUGAAGAAGAUCGAGGAUCUGGGGGCCACCAUGGAGGAGGCCCUCAUCCUGGACAAUAAGUACACAGAGCACAGCACCAUGGGCCUGGCCCAGCAGUGGGACCAGCUCGACCAGCUGGGCAUGCACAUGCAGCACAACCUGGAGCAGCAGAUCCAGGCCAGGAACACCACAGGUGUGACCGAGGAGGCCCUCAAGGAAUUCAGCAUGAUGUUUAAACACUUUGACAAGGACAAGUCUGGCAGGCUGAACCACCAGGAGUUCAAGUCCUGUCUGUGCUAGCUGGACUACGACCUCUCUAUGGUGGAGGAAGGGGAGCCAGACCCCGAGUUCAAGGCAACCCUAGACACAGUAGAUCCCAACAGGGACGGCCAUGUCUCGCUGCAAGAAUACAUGGCUUUCAUGAUAAGUCGUGAGACAGAGAAUGUCAAGUCCAGCGAGGAGAUUGACAGCGCCUUCCAGGCCCUCAGCUCCGAGGGGAAGCCCUACAUGACCAAGGAGGAGUCCUACCAGAUCCUGACCAGGGAACAGGUCAAUUACUGCAUCUCCCACAUGAAGCCCUACGUGGACAGCAGGGGCCGUGAGCUGCCUAUGGCCUUCGACUACGUGGAGUUCAUCCGCUCACUCUUCGUGAACUGACCCCUACCCGCCUGCCCACCGCAUGUCCACCCUGCAGACAGUGUCACUCUGUGUACCCGUGAGCCCACUUUGCUUGGUUAAGAUGUAGUAGAAACGGUGCUUCAACAGACCGCUUCUGAUGCAGCCACAAUCACCGCCUUGUUGUGGGGACCCAGACCCAAUGGAGCCAGCUGCCCUCAUUCCGAUGUAGCAGAUCCGAAGCAGCUGGCUUGUGCUCCUGUGUUCUCCCCCUACCCCAAAUCUUGUUUUCGUGUAAAUGACGUUAAAUAAAGGACUCCCUCUCCCCCU